AAUCACGCACCCUUCCCUUCCCACCCCCCUCCUUACCUCCCACGUGCCUUUUCCUGCCACCCUGACCCCCUCCCGGGUAAGGCCGCCUGGCCGCCUGUUCUCUCGACUUCAGUUAAAAUGAUUACUAAUCGACGAGCUGCGAGGAGUCCGGGAGAGACCGCGGACGUGCUGGAUCUUCACGGGGCGGGGGGCGAGGACUUCGCCAUGGACGAGGAUGGGGACGAGAGCGUCCGCCGGCUGAAAGAAAAGGCCAAGGAACGGAAGGGCCGUGGCUUCGGUGCCGCAGAGGGGUCCCGGGCGCGGACGCGAGCGGACGACGGCAGCGUGGAGCAGGACGGCGACGAGCCCGGGCCACAGCGCUCUGCUGAAGGCUGGAUCCUCUUCGGCACCGGAGUCCACGAGGAGGCCACGGAGGAAGACAUCCACGACAAGUUCGCGGAGUACGGGGACAUCAGAAACAUCCACUUAAACCUGGACAGGCGAACGGGCUACCUGAAGGGAUACACCCUGGUGGAGUACGAGACCUACGAGGGGGCACGGGCUGCCCUGGAGGGGCUCGAUGGCCAGGACUUGAUGGGGCAGCCCAUCAGCGUGGACUGGUGCUUUGUCCGGGGCCCUCCCAAGGGCAAGCGGGGAGGGGGCCGAAGACGCAGCAGAAGUCCAGAGCGGAGACGUCGCCGAGAAGCCCUCUAGG